GCACAUUGUUCCCCGCCCCCGCCCCGGCCACCGCUGCUGCCGUCUCCGCUGCCACCGGGCUAUAAAAACCGGCCGAGCCCCAAAAGGUGCGGAUGCUUAUUAUAGACCUACGCGACACCAGUGCCCGGUGCCAGGUUCUCCGCUGAGGCUUUUCGGAGCGAGCUCCUCAAAUCGCAUCCACAGUAAGUUUUCGGGUCCUAGGGAAGGAGGACCCUGCGAAAGCUGCGACGACUAUCCUCCCCCGGGGCCAUGGACUCGGACGCCAGCCUGGUGUCCAGCCGCCCGUCGUCGCCAGAGCCCGAUGACCUUUUUCUGCCGGCCCGGAGUAAGGGCAGUAGCGGCAGCGCCUUCACUGGGGGCACAGUGUCCUCGUCCACCCCGAGCGACUGCCCGCCGGAGCUGAGCGCUGAGCUGCGCAGCGCUAUGGGCUCUGCGGGCGCGCAUCCUGGUGACAAGCUAGGAGGCAGCGGCUUCAAGUCAUCCUCGUCCAGCACCUCGUCGUCCACGUCGUCGGCGGCCGCGUCGUCCACCAAGAAGGACAAGAAGCAAAUGACAGAGCCAGAGCUGCAGCAGCUGCGUCUCAAGAUCAACAGCCGCGAGCGCAAGCGCAUGCACGACCUCAACAUCGCCAUGGACGGCCUGCGCGAGGUCAUGCCGUACGCGCACGGCCCUUCAGUGCGCAAGCUUUCCAAGAUCGCCACGCUGCUCCUGGCGCGCAACUACAUUCUCAUGCUCACCAACUCGCUUAUGGUCAUACCCAAGCUCAAUAUCUGGGUCAAUCCACACCCUCUAAGAACUGUGGCGCUCCUCCCCGUCUCUCGUUGAUUUGGGAGAAUAUGGUUUUCUAAUAAAUCUGUGGAUGUUCCUUCUUCAACAGUAUGAGCAAGUUUAUAGACAUUCAGAGUAGAACCACUUGUGGAUUGGAAUAACCCAAAACUGCUGAUUUCAGGGGCGGAUGCAUUUUAGUUAUUAUUUUAAAAUAGAAACUACCCCACCGACUCAUCUUUCCUUCUCUAAGCACAAAGUGAUUUGGUUAUUUGGGUACAUAAGAAUGUAACAGAAUUAAGACGCAGUUGCUGUGAAAACAGUUUGGGUUAUUUGGGGGUUCUGUCCGCUUUUUAAAUUUUUCUUUUUUGGAUGUGUAAAUGUAUCAAUGAUGAGGUAAGUGCGCGAUGCUAAGCUGUUUGUUCACGUGACUGCCAGCCCCACCGGAGUCUAAGCCGGCUUUCCUCUAUUUUGGUUUAUUUUUGCCACGUUUAACACAAAUGGUAAACUCCUCCACGUGCUUCCUGCGUCCGUGCGAGCCGCCUCGGCGCUGCCUGCGUGGCAAACUGGGCUUUGUAGCGUCUGCCGUGUAACACCCUUUCUCUGAUCGCACCGCCCCUCGCAGAGUGUAUCAUCUGUUUUAUUUUUGUAAAAACAAAGUGCUAAAUAAUAUUUAUUACUUGUUUGGUUGCAAAAACGAAAUAAAUGACUGAGUGUUGAGAUUUUAAAUAAAAUUUAAA